AUCGUAACCAGGGCAAAUACACUCAUUAGCAUAUUGAUCAAUGUAUAUAUCCCUCAUAAGGAAAAUACAGUUCCUCUAACUCCAGUAGACAGCGGAUUCUAUAUCGAACCCCGCCCUCCUCUAAACACCACUCGCAUUACUCAGCACAAAACCCCCGAUUCAAACCCCGAAACAUGACUCCUUGGUGAUCUUCGCUUCACCCUUGGUCUCCCGAACAUCGUGCCGGCGACUCGGUUCCGAGCUAUAUUAAUAUUGCGGCUUAUAUAUUACUAUCGCAUUUCUAUUAGUAUAACUACUACGCCUCCCUUCUUACACACAUGUUCUCUAUCAUGCCUUAGCCCAUCAAACUACCUUCCAACCAUAACAAAUAUACUUAUAUAUACUCUCUUUCUACCGCCGACAAUGUCUACCGCACCCUCUUCCCCGCCAACCCGCUUCGCCGUAGCCCUGUUCCCAGGCUUCCAAGCCCUCGACGUCUUCGGGCCCCUCGACAUCCUCAACACUUUGUCCACGCAAGUCCCCCUCUCCCUCACCAUCCUCUCCACCUCCCUCGCCCCGGUAUCAACCGCAACACCCGCCGCCGGCGGCCCCAGCACCGCGCAAUCCGUCGUCCCGACGCGUACGUACGCGGACGCGAACGUGGAUGUGGAUGUGGAGGUGCUGCUCGUGCCGGGCGGCGCCGGGACCCGGGACCCGGCCAACGUGGCGCAGGUCGAGGACUACGUGAGGCGCGCGUACCCGAAGCUGAGGUACCUGCUCACGGUGUGCACGGGCAGCGCGCUGGUGGCGCGGACGGGGGUGCUGGAUGGGCGGCGGGCUACUUCGAAUAAGCGGGCUUGGGAAUGGGCAACGGCCCAAGGCCCGCGCGUAAAUUGGGUGCCCCGCGCGCGCUGGGUGACGGACGGCAACGUGUGGACGUCGUCGGGCAUCUCGGCCGGCAUCGACAUGAUGUACGCCUUCGUCGCGGACCAGUUCGGCGAGGACGUCGCGCAGACCCUGGCGGACGAUGCCGAGUACGUGCGGAACACGGAUCCGGAUGAUGAUCCGUUCGCUGCUGGGGAGGGGAAGAAUGGAGUUGCGAAGUAGGAUGAGGGGAGGUGGGUGGAAGUUGGUAACUUAUGUGCCUAUGGAGAGAGGUACCGCCUGGACAAGCUGAAAAAGGCAGGAAGAUAGAGGACCAGUGUUUCUGUCUGUUAAGAAGGAUGUUGAUGGUGGGAGGGAGCGAGCGAGUUGAUGGGGAGUCUGAGGAGUGGUGUGAGUACAUGUAUGAUACCGCUAACGCGUACCUACAUUAUAAAUUGGUCCUUAUACGUUGGUGUCCUCAGACCUCACGAAGUAGGCGAAAUUUCUGAGCGAUGAUCUAGAGUGCUAUCUCAAUUCGUUUAACUAUAUCCCGGCCAUUGGUACUUGGCUGAGGUAAGAAUAUCAAGGACAAUGGGACUAGUACGAGAGAUAGAUCACGAUACUCAACAUCACUCACCGUGAUCUUCGUUUUAGAAUUUUAGGCUCUAAGCACUUAUGUUUAAGGCGUCAGAGAAAUGCUAUAAACGAUUUACUCGUAAUAUACUCACUACAAGGUGU